AUGGCGCCCAUCACGCACAACCCGACGGAGCUGGACCACCAGGCCCUGCUCGACCGGCUCGACAUGUUCCGUGUCCACAAGCCGUUCCGCAACCCCAACUGGAAGCCGCCGCAACGCCGCAACAAGAACGUCAAGCAGAUCAUCGCCGAAGCCCAGCGCAAGGAAGCCUCCGUCAUGGCCACCCAGAACAACAGCGGCAGCUCCACGCCCGCCGCCAUCGCUGUCGGCGGAACGGGCAAUGCGACCCCGGCCAAUGGCUCGACCGGCUCGUCCUCGAACAUUGCACAAGCCGCUCAGAACCUGUCGGCUAUGGUUCUGGAGAAGAAUGGAAGGGCGGUAGCAGCAGCGGGCGGCCCGGCAGUCACAUACACGAACAUCGAGGCGCCUCCGAGCUUGCAGGUCAAGCGGAAAUAUUGCGACGUCACAGGCUUGCCGGCGGCCUAUACGGAUCCGAAGACGAGAUUACGCUAUCACAACGCCGAGGUGUUUGGCAAUAUCAGGCUGAUGGGCCAGAGCAUGACCGAAGGCUAUCUUGCCGCUAGAGGAGCGCACACGGUCCUCAAAUAA